AUGAGUUAUGUGAAGGCGCUUCAUCAACUAAAGACUCUGAGGGAGAAGUUCACAGAAAUCAACACGGCCCCCAGCUGCAGCCGGACCACAGACCUCAACAUGGCCCUUGGUGGCAGCACGGACUCUGGACAUCAACAUGGCCUCAAGUGUGGCCUAAAGUCUUCUGCUAUAAACUGUGCAUGGUGCUUCUUCUUCAAAGCCGGCUUUGUGUGGAGGCUGUGCAGUGGGCAGCUGCAGCCUGGGUAUCCUGCUCUGGCCUCUUGGCACUGGCAAGGAUUGCCCAGCUCUGUGGAUGCAGCUUUUGAGGAUGCCCAGGGUCAUAUUUGGUUCUUCCAAGGUGCUCAGUACUGGGUAUACGAUGGUGAGAAGCCAUUCCUAGGCCCUGCACCACUCUCCGAGCUGGGCCUGCAGGGGUCCCUGGUCCAUGCUGCCCUGGUCUGGGGUCCGUAGAAGAACAAGAUCUACUUCUUCCGAGGUGGAGACUACUGGCGUUUCCACCCCAAAACCCAACAUGUAGACAAUCCUGUGCCCCAACGUGCCACUGACUGGCGAGGGGUACCUUCUGAGAUCAACGCUGCCUUCCAGGAUGCUGAGGGGUAUGCCUACUUCCUGCGUGGCCAACUCUACUGGAAGUUUGAUCCUGUGAAGGUGAAGGUUCUGGAGGGCUUUCCUCGCCUUAUAGGCCCUGACUUCUUUGACUGUGCAGAGCCUGCCAAUACUUUCCGCUGACAACACCUUGGAUGCACUCAGGGAUAGUGACCC